CGGUUUCAGGUUAAGUAACUAAAACCGUUCGAUUUUAAAUUUACGGUUCGGUACGGUUCUGUUAUAUUUGGAAUCCUUAGCUAUUUCCCCGUCGGUUCCUCCGUCACCUUCUCCGUUACCGGCGAGAGACCUCGCCGUCGAUCUCCAAUCUUUCAGUUCUUCUUCUGAUUCUAUAUCGAUUCUCCCAAUUUGACUUCUCACCGGUUUAGUUUCCCGAUAUAUAUAUUAAUUUCCCUCCUUCUUCGUCCAUUUGGUCCGAUUCGUAUAGCGAAGAUUUUGGGAUUCCUCUCGAAAUAAGACUNUUUUUUUUUUUUUUUUUUUUUUUUGGGAGCUGAUGAGAAGAAGUGUCAUCUCUCGCAAAUGCAGCGAAGCCUCUCAAUGGGUUUGACUUCACUGCUUCCUCUGAAACUUCCAUCUCGGAUGGAGACUCAUCUUUGGUAUAUUAGACCAGAUGAAGUGAAAUGUGCAUCUCUUCUAAAACACUACUCUCAACUUUUGUCACCAACUGAGAAAGAUAGAGUUCUUCAGAUGCGAGGCGAUGAGCUUAAGAAGAAUGCUUUGCUUGCUCGCACCUUGGUUCGGACCACCAUCGCUAGAUAUCAGACAAACAGUGAGGUCGAUCCUCGGUCCUUGAUGUUCAAGAAGAAUAAGUAUGGGAAGCCUGAGGUAGAUUGGCAGAAUUAUAACAACUGUAAUAACCCACCAUUGCAUUUCAAUAUCUCCCACACAGAUUCAUUAAUUGCCUGUGGGGUGACUGUACAUGUUCCGGUUGGUAUCGAUGUUGAAAACAAGGAAAGGAAAAUUAAACAUGACGUCUUAGCAUUUGCAGAAAGAUUUUACUCUGCUGAUGAAGUGAAGUUUUUAUCAACUAUACUGGACCCGGAAGUUCAGCGAAAGGAAUUUAUUAAGUUGUGGACUCUCAAGGAGGCAUAUGUGAAAGCAUUAGGAAAAGGCUUCUCUGCUGCACCUUUUAAUACCUUUACAAUCCAGUCUAAGGUUGGAACAGAAGGAUGCUACAAUCUUUGCAAGACAUCUGAAAUGACGAUCAGUUCGCUGGAGAAGACAGAGAAAUGCUACGAAGAAUGGAGGUUUGCCCUUUUGGAGUUGGCUGAUUCUCAUUAUGGUGCAAUCUGUACUGAAGAUGAUCAAGCUGGUGGAGGUGCAAUUUCAAUUGACAUAGACACUGAAGAAUCCAUUUAUUCAGUGAUUUCUUCAUCACAUCUUUCUCCUUCUUGCAGGUGGUCCUAUGAGGGUGAUUAUCCGAAAAACCAUCCCUUUCGUAGAAGAUGAACUUAUUUCUGAAUCCAAACUUCUGUAGUUGCUGCCUUCGACCUUCACAUUUCUGUAAUCAUUUUGUUUUGAAUACAUCCUUUGUAGUAGUACACUCCAUACAAUCGAAUAAUCAAAGCUUUUAGAUACCUUGGAAAGUUA